AUGGUUCGUUACGCUGCUACAUCUGCUAACCCAGCUAAAUCAGCUUCUGCUCGUGGUUCAUACUUAAGAGUUUCUUACAAGAACACUCGUGAAACCGCCCAAGCCAUCAGCGGAUGGAAGUUGGAAAGAGCUCAAAAAUACUUAGACCAAGUCUUAGAUCACCAAAGAGCCAUCCCAUUCCGUCGUUUCAACUCAUCCAUUGGACGUACCGGUCAAGGUAAAGAAUUUGGUGUCACCAAGGCUAGAUGGCCAGCCAAGUCCGUUAACUUCAUUAAGGAUUUAUUAAGAAACGGACAAGCUAACGCUGAAUCCAAGGGUUUAGACGCCUCUAAAUUGAAGGUUUCCCACAUUCAAGUUAACCAAGCUCCAAAACAAAGAAGAAGAACUUACAGAGCUCACGGUAGAAUUAACGCUUACCAAUCUUCCCCAUGUCACAUUGAACUUAUCUUAACCGAAGAAAACGAAGCCGUUGAAAAGGCUGACGACUCCAAGAAGGUCAGAUUAAACGUCAGACAAAGAGGUAGAUUAGCUACUCAAAAGCGUGUGACUGCUGCUUAA